CCGCCGCCUGGCCCGACACCUCUGCCGCAGCUGGGGCCCGAGCGGCGGCCACGCAGCCGGGUGUCCUCUUCAGGCGGCCGCUCCCGCGUUCACCUCUGGAUGCCAGCACUACGUUAGCCCAGGCGGGGAACCCCUUCUGCGGCUCCCUGCUCUAAACUCCCGCCUGUCCCGACCGCCCCCACCCCUCCACCUGGCGGGGGCGGCGCGGAAGCGAAGAGGACGCGCGCGGUGCCGGUGGGCACGCGUAGACGUGUGUGCGGAUCCGGUCUCGGCUUGGCAUUCUCCCUCCCUUGCAAGUGGCGGUGCCUGGACUCUGCUUUCGGCUCCCGGAAUCGGUGCGGCCGCCCGGAGCCCUCUCUUCGCUGGCGGGGCACUAAAGGCUAUUUUGGAGAACGGUGGUGGCGGCGGCGGCGGCGGCGGCUGAGACUGGUGCCCGAGAGAGCUCCAGACGCACACUCUGCUCCUCUUCGGUCCCUCUCCUCCUUCUCCCUCCACCCCCCUCCCUUCCCUGCCUCCCCACCCCCGUCCCCCUGGCCCCACUCCUCCUCUUCCUCCUCCUCCUCUUCCUCCUCUCCCCGCUCGGAGAUGCGAGCCUGUAUCGUGUAACAGGAUUGGCGUUGCAAUGGCAACUGAUGGAAUGGGGGAAGGCAAGACAGCAGGGCUGGGGGCUCCGGACUGCGGGCGGGCGGGCCGCUGCCGCCGCUUGACGCUCCUCCGGGGACCUUCGCGAGUUACUUUGUAAAGGCGAAUCCAGGCAAGGAAGCCCCUGCUCCGUGCCGCGAGUCAGAGGCCACUUCCUGCUCCGUGGCUGCCCGCGUCAGGCUUGCAGCGCUCGGCACCCCCGGCCCCUGGCCCGCGCCCGCCGCCAGCCCAGCGCGCCGCCGCCGCUGUCGCUGCGGAGACUCGAGCCCGCUACCCUGAAGAACACUUCGCCUCCCGGUCCCCUUCCCAUCACGCCCCCUGCUCCUCCCCGGCGCCUGCGAUUUUCCCAGGCGCCCGGUGUGAGUGCUGCGUGCCUGUGAGUGUGUGUCGGGGUAUUGUGUUGUGGGAGUGUGUGUGUGCGUGUGUGUGUGUGUGUGUGCAUGAGUGUGGGGUGUGCGGGGCUCCUGCGCUCCGCUCACGGCCGCCGCCGGAGAAGGACAGACGGACGGCGCUUCCUUCUUCGGCGAGCGGUUCCUGGGCACCUCGGCUCGGCCCGGGCGCGAGUGGAGCGCGCUCGGCUGGCCGCCGGCCUCCGGAAGGUCCCGCUGCAUCCCCCCUGGGCUGGAUAUGUUCAUGUUCACGUGAAGAUGGAUUUAGUGUACGGUCUCGUGUGGCUGCUGACAGUCCUCCUGGAAGGGAUCUCUGGCCAAGGAGUAUACGCUCCCCCAACGGUUCGUAUUGUGCAUUCAGGCUUGGCCUGUAACAUUGAGGAGGAGCGCUACUCCGAAAGGGUCUAUACUAUACGGGAAGGAGAAACCCUAGAACUGACCUGUCUGGUCACAGGACAUCCACGUCCACAGAUCAGGUGGACCAAAACAGCAGGAAGUGCCUCUGACAGAUUCCAAGACUCAAGUGUCUUCAAUGAGACUUUGAGGAUUACAAAUAUUCAGCGACACCAAGGAGGCCGGUAUUACUGUAAAGCAGAAAAUGGCUUGGGGUCCCCGGCGAUAAAGUCGAUCAGAGUGGAUGUGUACUAUUUGGAUGACCCAGUAGUAACUGUUCAUCAAAGUAUAGGUGAAGCUAAAGAACAGUUUUACUAUGAGAGAACAGUGUUCCUCCGGUGUGUUGCCAGUUCCAAUCCACCUGUACGGUACAGCUGGAGACGUGGUCAGGAGGUGUUACUACAAGGAUCUGAUAAAGGAGUUGAGAUUUACGAACCCUUCUUUACCCAGGGUGAAACCAAGAUCUUAAAACUAAAGAAUCUUCGACCUCAGGACUAUGCUAAUUAUAGCUGCAUUGCUUCAGUGAGGAAUGUAUGUAAUAUUCCUGAUAAGAUGGUGUCAUUUAGACUUUCCAACAAAACAGCAUCUCCGUCAAUUAAACUCUUGGUGGAUGACCCUAUAGUUGUAAAUCCUGGAGAGGCCAUAACAUUAGUAUGUGUUACGACAGGAGGAGAGCCUGUGCCCACUCUCACCUGGGUCAGGUCCUUUGGGACUCUGCCUGAAAAGACAGUUUUGAAUGGAGGAACGUUGACCAUACCUGCCAUCACCUCAGAAGAUGCCGGUACUUACAGCUGCAUCGCCAAUAAUAAUGUGGGAAACCCUGCAAAAAAGUCCACCAACAUCAUUGUGAGAGCAUUAAAAAAAGGACGAUUUUGGAUCACACCAGAUCCUUAUCACAAAGAUGACAACAUCCAGAUUGGGCGUGAGGUGAAAAUAUCUUGCCAAGUAGAAGCUGUUCCUUCUGAGGAGUUAACAUUUAGUUGGUUUAAAAAUGGUCGUCCAUUGAGAAGUUCUGAGCGGAUGGUUAUUACACAGACUGAUCCGGAUGUCUCCCCGGGAACGACAAACUUGGACAUCAUUGAUUUAAAAUUCACGGAUUUUGGGACAUACACAUGUGUAGCAUCUCUGAAGGGAGGAGGAAUAUCUGAUAUCAGUAUUGAUGUUAAUAUAUCCAGCAGCACAGUUCCACCCAAUCUGACUGUUCCACAGGAAAAAUCACCUCUGGUCACCAGAGAAGGGGACACAAUAGAACUGCAGUGUCAAGUAACUGGAAAACCUAAACCCAUCAUCCUCUGGUCUAGAGCGGAUAAAGAAGUUGCAAUGCCUGAUGGGUCAAUGCAAAUGGAGAGUUAUGAUGGAACACUGAGGAUUGUGAAUGUAUCUAGAGAAAUGUCAGGAAUGUACAGGUGUCAGACCAGCCAGUACAAUGGAUUUAACGUGAAACCAAGAGAAGCCUUGGUGCAGCUCAUCGUGCAAUAUCCACCUGCUGUGGAACCAGCGUUCCUGGAAAUUCGGCAAGGACAAGACCGAAGUGUUACUAUGAGCUGCCGGGUCCUGAGAGCCUAUCCAAUACGGGUGCUGACCUAUGAAUGGCGCUUGGGCAAUAAAUUAUUACGGACGGGUCAGUUUGACUCUCAAGAGUAUACAGAAUACCCAGUGAAGAGUCUUUCCAAUGAAAACUAUGGGGUUUAUAAUUGUAGCAUCAUUAAUGAAGCUGGAGCUGGGAGAUGCAGCUUUCUUGUUACAGGAAAGGCCUAUGCUCCAGAAUUCUAUUAUGAUACCUACAAUCCUGUGUGGCAGAACAGACACCGUGUUUAUUCUUACAGUCUACAGUGGACACAAAUGAAUCCUGAUGCAGUAGAUCGGAUUGUUGCAUACCGGUUGGGUAUUAGGCAGGCUGGACAGCAGCGUUGGUGGGAACAGGAGAUUAAAAUAAAUGGAAAUAUUCAAAAGGGAGAACUAAUUACAUAUAACUUGACUGAGCUAAUUAAACCAGAGGCUUAUGAAGUCCGACUAACACCUCUCACCAAAUUUGGUGAAGGAGAUUCAACAAUCCGUGUCAUCAAAUAUAGUGCUCCUGUUAAUCCUCAUUUGAGAGAAUUUCACUGUGGAUUUGAAGAUGGUAACAUUUGUUUAUUCACCCAAGAUGAUACAGAUAAUUUUGACUGGACAAAGCAAAGUACUGCAACGAGAAAUACAAAAUACACUCCAAACACAGGACCGAAUGCUGAUCGUAGUGGCUCUAAAGAAGGUUUUUAUAUGUACAUUGAGACAUCUCGACCCAGACUGGAAGGUGAAAAGGCCCGACUUCUCAGCCCUGUUUUCAGCAUAGCUCCUAAAAACCCUUAUGGCCCCACGAACACUGCGUAUUGUUUCAGCUUCUUUUAUCACAUGUAUGGACAACAUAUAGGUGUCCUCAAUGUUUAUCUGCGUUUGAAAGGGCAGACAACCAUAGAGAAUCCACUGUGGUCUUCAAGUGGGAAUAAAGGACAACGGUGGAAUGAGGCUCAUGUUAAUAUAUAUCCAAUUACUUCAUUUCAGCUCAUUUUUGAAGGUAUUCGAGGUCCUGGCAUAGAAGGUGACAUUGCCAUUGAUGAUGUAUCAAUUGCAGAAGGAGAAUGUGCAAAACAAGACCUAACGACGAAGAAUUCUGUUGAUGGUGCUGUUGGAAUUUUAGUACAUCUAUGGCUUUUCCCGGUCAUCGUCCUCAUCUCUAUCUUAAGUCCUCGAAGGUGACCUUAUCCUGGCAGAGGCUAUAAAAGAUUCACCAGGCACUGGCAUGAAGAAAGAGUCUUUGUAAAUGGACAUUGAAAAAACAAACUACCAAAGAUUCCUCCACUGACUACUGACUCAAACAUAAAAUAAUAAAAACGAAUUUUUUAAAGCACUGGGGAUAAAAAAGACAUCAUGGAAGUAUAACUUAUUCCAAACUACAUAUAAAAGAUAAUCUUGACCUGAGUAGAGAAGAGACCUUCAGGUGCUUUUGUGGCUAAAAAGAUUACAGCAUCAUCUGGUCAUCUGGUUGAACUCUGGAAAAAAAAAAAAAAAAAGCUAUAGAAAUCCUUGUCAAAGCACAAAGUCAUGGCUGGUUUUGUUUCAAAUGAAUAGUUUGCUUGUUACCAUGGAAACCUAAUGGCCUGCCAACAAAAACCUCACUGUAAACAGGGUACGUGAAAAGCUGGCAUUUAUUUUCCUUUCAAGAAGGUUUUACAUAGAGAAUUAAAUAAAUGUAGGCCCUUUUACCUUUGGUUGUUACCCUUCCUUGAAAAUAACCCGAACUCAGAAUUAUUUAAAACAUUCAUGCUCCUCCCCACCUGUCCCCAUCCCACCUUUCUUGUUAUUAUUUGUUUUCCUCCCAUGGCUAAGCUAGAUAACUGUAUGCUGUCUCUUUUUGCAUGCAUUACUAUCCAGGAUGGUAAACCUGGGCUUACAUAUUACACAGGCUUAUCGGAGUUUGCUCGCGGCCACUUGAACACCCAAACUAAGUCAUCUGUUCCAAUGAAGAAACCAAACCACCAUCUUUUAUAAAUUGCCAUGGAAACCAAGUGCCUUCAAUGAAACAAGCCUGAAUAAUUUUCAACUCAGAAGCUUGCACAGCUAAGAGUGGUUUGUGUAAAACUAUUUUGUAAACAAACUACAGAGCCUAAACGUGCAAAUUAUAGGCGAGACAACAAAAGCCGCUUCUGAAGAAGAAAGGACCGAAGCUACUGCGUAAGCCCAUGCAGACGAAACACUUGUUGUUGGACCUCCUAGACAGCCAUGGCCAUUCGGCUUAAUUGUCCAUCAGAAAAUAACUUCCAUUGAGACCAGACAUGGGAGCAACACUUUUUUCUUCCAGGUUAUUAAAUGGGUCAACCAGAGCAAAAGGUUGUUAAAAUAAUGCUUAGCGCAGAAGGUGGUAAAACACAAGAGUGAUUUUUUUACUCUAACCUCCAUUUGAAAUGAAAUUGGCCCUAGCUUUAGAGGGAGCAAAGAAAAUGUUUGUGAUUGCAGUGCGUACAAACUCUACAGCGGAACUGGGCCUGAAAAAUCUGGCUUUAUUCUAAACACUGAGGGUAAUAUGCCUCUGCCCUUUAGUCAGACUCUGUGCAAAUUGUGAAAUAUUAUUUUAUUAUUUUACCGAGAUUAAAAACACUUUUACAAAAAAACAAAAACCUGUAAAAAUGAUUUUGAGCUACCUGAGGACAAAUCAUACCUUUAACCAGCCAGUUUUCCAAUGCAUUGUAAAUUUCACUUAAACCUGUUGGGUAUGAAAAUUUGAAGAUCUUUUUCCUUAAAUUAUCUCAGCUUUUAACUUCAUUUAAAAAGACUUUUGUCUAAAGAAGAAUAUUAUUAUUAUUAUAUGUUCUUUCAACACCCCAGGAUUAAAAAAAACUGAUUAUGCAAGUAAUUGGGAAAUAAGUAUUAAAUUAUACCAUUUGCAAAUAUUAAUAUAAAAAGCACAACAAAAUGUAGUGGAAAAAUGAUAAAGCUUGGUUUUUAAAAGAAAAAAAUUCUGUAGAAAUGUUUGUGCAAAUUCAGUAAUUCAACUUAAAAGAUAAUUUUACAGCUAUGUUCAAUAAAGCCUCUUUCCAGGUAAGGUAUGCAAAGCGGUAUGUGUGUUUGUUGAGCAAUGUUUACUUGUCACCAAAAUGAGACUAGCUAUAUAUACAAGUUAUCAGUUAUGAUACCAUGGGGUAAACCUUCAGAGCUUCAGACACCUUAAUGUUGGCAGGAAAGCAUUUAAUAGGAACCCUUGAUGCACUCUUCCAUAUUUUUCAUACAUGUAAAAUAAAAGUCAAACUUAUGAAAGUAAAAUACGAACUUGGAAUUUAAUGUGUAUUUUCAUAGUGAAAGAGGGGACCAGUCAGAGCUAGGUAGUGAUAGAAUCAAGCUAAAGCCAAGUCCUUUAAAUUAAACAGAAUUAACUAAGAAGCUUUAUAACUUACUUGAACAAAUCAGGCAUAUUGAAAAUUUUCACAAUUACAGUCAACCAUCUGUUUUAUCAAACCAAAGAGAUUAAAGUAAACAAUAUUUGGGGCAUGUUUUACUAACUCUCCUCACCUUGACUUCCAUUUUGUGUGGCAACUCACCACUUCUUUCCACUAUCCCAUAUUAGUGGAUCAUCCUUUCUAAUUGAUGUUUUGCACACCCAUUGCUGAUAUUAUUAAAAAAUUGUUUUACAUCUAAAGAGAGGCUUAGCUCAUUGCUGCCUUCUUCCUUUAUCUUGAAUUUGAUUUGAGACUUUUGAAAAAAACUAAAAAAAAAAUCUAUAUUCAGAAUAUUUGGAUAUACAUGUGUCCUUUCCAGGAAAACAAUCAAGUCUACUUUUCUCCUUAUUAACUGCACAAAGAAAUUGCUGUAAGUGCAAGUUUUCAGUCCUUUUACAACGUACUCAUAAAAUACUAAAGUCUUUUUAUAACCUUUCACAUAGCUGCAGAAGUCCAUGAGAACUGGCUGGUACUUCAAAAAUUAAUUUUGAUUAAUUUUUUGAGAAAAUGCAGAUGAGUGCCAGGAACAAAGGGGCAAGCAGAAGAACUGCAAAACAAUCAGAUUUAUUGAUAUGGUAAUAAAUUAGAAUAUACAUCACAAGUGGGUUCUGGAUCAUUUCUGUAAAACACCAAACUUAGAAUUCGAAUCAGUUUUUCACUCCCCAUCAAAUGUUCAGUUGAAAGAAAAUGAAUAAAAAUGCAGGAAAUUUUAAAAGGUUGGGAUAAGUGUAAAUUGUAUUAAGUAAUCUCUUGUUUAACAUCAGUAAUAAUAAUGAUGACUUUAAACCACUUACCUGUUUAUCAACUGCCUGUCUUUUCCUAAUAUUUUUUUGUAUUUAUUAUGAGUUAAACUCACCAAUAUAUUUCCCCUUUUCCUUUUUGAUAACAUAUUUUAAGUGUAAUUUAUGUCAAUAUUUUGUUGUCGUACUUUAUAGGAAGGCAUCAGGCAAUAGAGCUUUUAAUUUUCUGGAAGAAAGAUUACACCACGUAAUGUCCAGGUCAUUAAUAGAUCCGAUUAAUUAGGAGCUAACUCUGUUUCCUUAGUUCAAAAAUGCUUGUUCCUCCACAUUUAACAUGUCUGCAACUGGGCCUAUUUUAGUUACAAUUGGUAGUAUUUCUGUGUAGUGAUAUAUAAAAUAAAAGUGCAUAUUAAAACUGAUAACAUCUUAGAUAUGUUGAGAUUCACCAAAUUCACUAAAUCUUCCAGAAGUGCCAAAUCAUGCCCAAUAUUUAUUCCUUUCCAACAAACCCAAAAGUGAGAAAAAGAUACCCUGUCAUAUUUGUAGGGUUUAUAUUAUUCAUUGCCUAUGCAUUAAAAAUGUCAUAACUUUUAUUUUGUGCUUUAAAAAAUUCUGAGUCUUCUCUUACCUCUAGUAUACACAUACCUAGCCGUGCUGUGUUUUUCUUUUUUCCUGCUACCUAUUUUUGUUAGUUCCAUGAUGAAUUAUAACAUGCUGUGUAUCCCUGGUUUGAAAUGUUUUCUUGUUUUGUGUGAUUCAUAGUACUUAGUAAGUUAGAAGUUUGGCCUGCCAUUAAAUUUUCUUUUAGAGACCUGAAAGAUGCAUGGUGCACUACAAUGUCAUACAAUAGGCUAAACUAAUGGGACUUCAUUUUACAUAUAUCACAGAAUUGACUUUGGCAAUGAAUUAUGAUAACUACAAUAAUCAGAAUUACAAACCAGCUAGUCAGUCAGUUACAUUAUAUUACAAAUAAUAAAAUCCCACUCUUUUAUAUUUUAAAAUAUGGCAAAAUAUGAAUGACAACUGUACUAACUUUUCACCAAACAUGCAUUUUUAUUUUAAGACUUUGUAAUAAACUUAUCUGUCAAAAUGCA